AUGUGGACAAUCAAGCUGAUGGCUCAUAAAAACGGAGCCAAUCUGCUUGGAUCGAGACUGGGCAUCCAGACCCCGUGGAUCACGUGUCCACUUUCCCAGGCCUGGCGUGCUCCUCGGAAAACACUUGUUGGGGGGCGGGGCGCGGUGACGUCGGGCGUCCCGGCCGAGCUGUGGCGGCGGCGGCGUCGGCGGCGGCGGCGCCCCGGCGGCGGCGGCAGCGGCAUCCCUGAGCAGGGUGAGAGGGCCGCGGUGGCGGCAGCUCGGGGUCGGGCGGUGCCUGGAGCUUCCCGCCCGUCGCUGGCGCUAGGCCCCUCGGCUCUCCUCCGCCCGCUCCUCCUCACGGCCCUGGCUGGGUCCCGGCAGCGCGCCCCCGGGCAGGGCGGAGCCGUAGGUGGAGGAGUUACUGAUGGCCAUGGAGAAGGUAAAACAGGAGCUGGAGUCCAUGAAGGCGAAGCUGUCCUGCACUCAGCAGUCACUGGCAGAGAAGGAAACUCAUGUGACCAACCUUCGGGCCGAGAGAAGAAAACACUUAGAGGAAGUUCUGGAGAUGAACACAUGCAAAUGACAGUCCAGGCUCUCCAGGAUGAAUUGCGGAUCCAGAGGGACCUGAACCAGCUGUUUCAACAGGAUAGUAACAGUAGGACUGGUGAGCCUUGCGUGGCAGAGCUGACGGAGGAGAACUUUCAGAGGCUGCACACUGAGCAUGAGCGGCAGGCCAAGGAGCUGUUCCUCCUUCGAAAGACUCUGGAGGAGAUGGAGCUGCGGAUUGAGACUCAGAAGCAAACCCUGAACGCUCGGGACGAAUCCAUCAAGAAGCUUCUGGAGAUGUUGCAGAGCAAGGGGCUUUCUGCUAAGGCUACUGAGGAGGACCAUGAGAGAACAAGGAGACUGGCAGAGGCAGAGAUGCAUGUCCACCACCUCGAAAGCCUUUUGGAGCAGAAGGAAAAAGAGAACGCUCUGUUGAGAGAGGAGAUGCAUCGGAGAUUUGAGAAUGCCCCCGAUUCUGCCAAAACUAAAGCUCUGCAAACUGUUAUCGAAAUGAAGGAUUCAAAAAUUUCCUCUAUGGAGCGUGGGCUCUGAGACUUGGAAGAGGAGAUUCAGAUGCUGAAAUCGAACGGGGCUUUGAGUACUGAAGAACGAGAGGAAGAAAUGAGGCAAAUGGAGGUCUAUCGGAGCCAUUCUAAAUUUAUGAAAAACAAGGUCAUGAUUGGUCAGGUGAAGCAGGAGCUGUCCAGAAAGGACACAGAACUACUAGCCCUACAGAUAAAGCUAGAAACACUCACCAACCAGUUCUCAGACAGCAAGCAGCACAUUGAAGUGCUGAAGGAGUCCUUGACUGCUAAGGAGCCUCGAGGGCUGCCAUCCUGCAGAACGAGGUAAAAGGAGUUGUGGGAU